AUGGACGCCGACACCCUUGCAAUAUUAUUGCAGCAGCAAAAUAAAAUUUUGGAACAACUAACAAAAAAAAUUGAUAAUGUUGUUUCGGGGGCCAGCUCUACUACGGAUAACACAGAGUUAAUUAUUGAAUCUUUAGCUAGAAACCUAAUGGAGUUUGUACCAGAUUUGGAUAAUAACGUUACGUUCGAUUCGUGGUUCAGAAGGAAUGAAGAUUUAUUCCUUAUAGAUGGAGCUAAGUUAGACGACGCAGCUAGAGUUCGGUUACUGCUUAGAAAUUUAAGUACUCCGGCUCACGAGAAAUAUAUAAAUUUUAUUUUACCUAAACAUCCACGAGAUUAUACUUUUAAUCAGACGGUAGCAACUCUAAAGAAGAUUUUUGGACAACGAAUUUCAAUUUUUAGUACUCGAUAUAAAUGCUUUCAAAUUUCAAAAUCUGAGACAGACGAUUUUCUUACUUAUGCCGGAAUCGUAAAUAAACAAUGUGAAGAUUUUCAAUUAAAGAAAUUAUCUGAAAAUCAGUUUAAAUGCUUAAUGUUUGUUAUUGGGUUAAAGUCGGCGCAGUAUUCCAACAUUACCACUCGACUUCUAUCUAAAAUUGAUAAGGACGAUAAAGAUGAUAUAUCAUUGGAACAGUUAGUAGAUGAAUGUCAUAAAAUAUUAAGUCUAGAAGCAGAUACGGCAUUAGUUGAACAAAAUUCAUCACAAGUCCAUGCUGUUUUUAAUAAAAACAAAAACAGCUCAACUAGUCAACAUUUCAACAUUCAAAAUAGACCUCGUCGUAUUACACAAAGACCUAAACGAUACGGAUAUGAUGAUUUGAGUUAA